AAGCGCUCGUUGAAAAUUGAGAAAUAUAGUGUUCCACAUUUAAACUCCGCGUCGCCCGGUUGACCGUGUAAAAUCAGCGUGCACUAGGAGUUAAUUGGGUGCUAGUUACAGAGAUGUAGAGCGACAGAUUCGGGCCACUUGGCGCAGUCCAAAUCAGUGGGAAAACAUAACGGUUCAUUAGUCAGACGGCGAAGGCUGUGAGCAAACAGCCAGCAUUUUACUCAGCGACGCGUUCACACGACGGCGCUCGCGUCUGCCGCUGUCAAUAUGUUUGCUUCGCGUAUUUUCCUGACGCUAAUGACGGUGGUGGCCCCGGCCGCGCUGCACCGCCAGCGACGGUACCUCGUGUACCCCAACGGAGGCCCAGCUCGAGCACAGUUUAUCCUCGGUCUCGGUAUACCCGUUGACUUGAAAGAGCAGUCGGUGACCGUCGGAACAGUCAUCAAAUUCCAAUACUUACUACCUACCAACAGUUCUGAAUACACUAGCAGAAUUUACGGAUUUGCUAACGAAAUCUCAAGGGACAUGCACGAUGAUAAAACUAAUAACAACGAUAAAAACGAUAUAUCUACUGACAAUGACGCCCGUGACAUAACCGAUGAAAACAAUGAGCUAAAUAGCACAAGAAGUGAUAAUGAUGAUGAAACAGAUGAUGAAAAUACCCUAGUUGAUAUCACGUUUGACAAAGACAGGAGAAAACGUUCGCUAGUCUAUACAGAAGGCGGAGAGGUCGACACUAAUGAUGUUUCUGAAGGAACAGAAGUGCCACUUCAAGAAGCUAUCAGACGGCAAGAGUUGCUGGAUCAGAAGUAUCUUGGUCAUCGGAAUGAGGAAGAAGAGGAGGAGAAAAAGACAAACAGAUGGGAUUACUAUAAAAUACUGGAGCGGAUGGUGGAAAGAUACGGGUUCACGGGGAGGCCGUGCCUGCUGCGCACGAUCUGCGAGGCGGCGUCCGUGCCCUUCACCCACGAGAGCGGCCUGCUCGCCGAGAUUGGACAUAUCUUAUUCACGCCAUCAGCAACCAGAGACAAGUUGUCGGAACAUUCGGACAACGAGUACCACGCGGCGGAGCGCCUCGGCCGCGACCAGGGCGCCAACUGUGAGGCCUUAUUCCCUGAGUGCGAAGGAUCAGUUUUGGACACGUUCACCGAAAUCGGAGUCGACACGUUGCAUAAGUUUGGCUUGUAUUAAAAUGUUUUGGAUUUUA